ACAGAGCUCUGACAGGAUGUUGGGAAUUCUGAAGCAGCCGGUUGUGGUGAGGGCGGAGAUAAACCUGAGCCUGGUGGCCCUGACUGUGAUGGGGCUAAUGAGUCGUCUCUGGGGGCUUUCCUAUCCCAGGGCUGUGGUUUUUGAUGAAGUUUAUUACGGCCAGUUCGUUUCGCUCUACAUGAAGAGGAUCUUCUUUGUGGAUGACAGUGGCCCUCCCUUUGGCCACAUGCUGCUGGCCCUGGGAGGUUACAUAGGAGGAUUUGAUGGAAACUUCUUAUGGAACAGGAUUGGAGCUGAAUAUACCACCAAUGUCCCUGUUUGGUCCCUGAGACUCCUGCCAGCACUGGCUGGUGCUCUCUGUGUCCCUUUGGCAUACCAGAUUUUGGUGGAGCUGCACUUCUCCCACUGUGCUGCACUUGGAGCUGCUCUUCUCGUUCUCUUAGAAAACUCUUUGAUCACUCAGUCAAGGUUCAUGCUCCUGGAAUCAAUAUUGAUUUUUUUUAUCCUACUUGCAGUUUUGUCCUACCUGAAGUUCUACAAUUUGCAGAGGCACAGUUCCUUCUCUGGAAGCUGGUGGUUUUGGCUGCUGUUGACUGGAGUAGCUUGUUCUUGUGCAGUUGGAGUGAAAUACAUGGGCUUGUUUACCUAUGUGCUGCUCUUGGCUGUGGCAGGACUUCACUUCUGGCACAUGAUAGGAGACCAGAGCUUCUCCAAUGUUUCCUUACUGUGCCAUUUUCUAGCGAGGGGACUGGCCCUCAUUGUCACCCCCCUGGCCAUGUACCUGUCCUUCUUCUAUGUCCACCUGACACUGCUUUAUCGCUCUGGGCCUCAUGACCAGAUCAUGACAAGUGCUUUCCAAGCCAGCCUAGAGGGUGGACUGGCUCGGAUCACUCAGGGGCAGCCCCUGGAGGUGGCCUAUGGCUCUCAGAUCACCCUGAGGAACGUGCUGGGCAAGCCCAUGCAGUGUUGGCUCCAUUCUCACACAAAUACUUACCCCAUCAGGUAUGAGAAUGGCCGAGGGAGUUCCCAUCAGCAGCAGGUGACCUGCUAUCCCUUCAAGGAUGUGAACAACUGGUGGAUUGUCAAGGAUCCUGGAAUGCAGCAGCUGGUGGUGAGCAACCCCCCCCGGCCCGUCAGGCAUGGCCACAUCGUGCAGCUGGUCCAUGGCAUCACCACCCGCUACCUCAACACGCACGAUGUUGCUGCUCCUCUUAGCCCUCACUCCCAAGAAGUUUCCUGCUAUAUUGAUUAUAACAUCUCCAUGCCAGCACAGAACCUCUGGAGAGUGGAAAUCGUAAAUCGCGAGUCUGACACAGACGUGUGGAAGACAAUUCUGUCAGAAGUGAGGUUUGUUCAUGUGAACACCUCUGCAGUGCUAAAGCUCAGUGGAGCAUCUUUACCUGAGUGGGGAUACCAGCAGCUGGAGGUGGUUGGAGAGAAGCUGUCCAAAGGCUACCACCAGAGCAUGGUGUGGAAUGUGGAGGAGCACAGAUAUGGGAAAAGCCAAGAGCAGAAAGAGAGGCAAGUGGAGCUCCACUCUCCCACACAGAUGGACAUCAGUAAAAACCUCAGCUUCAUGGCAAAGUUCACGGAGUUGCAGUGGAAAAUACUGACACUAAAAAAUGAAGCCACAGAACACAAGUACAGCUCCUCUGCCCUCGACUGGAUCACAAUGGACACAAAUAUUGCCUACUGGCUGCACCCCACCUCUGGGGCCCAGAUCCACCUCCUGGGGAAUGUUGUCACCUGGGCUUCAGCUAAUGUUGCUGCUCUGAUCUACACCUGUUUGUCCCUCUGGUACUUGGUCCGACGAAGAAGAAGGAUUUAUGAUGUUCCUGAAGAUGUGUGGCAGCUGUGGGUGUCAGCUGGGGGGAUCUGCCUGGGAGGCUGGGCUGUGAACUACCUGCCCUUCUUCCUGAUGGAGAAAACGCUUUUCCUGUACCACUAUCUGCCUGCCCUCACGUUCCAGAUCCUCCUCAUCCCCAUCGUGUUGCAGCAUCUUGGCACUUAUCUCUGCAGGUCUCCACUUCUCAGGAGCAUGUUCAGUGCCUUGGUGGUUGCCUGGUUCUCCUCCAUCUACCUUGUCUACUCCACCUUCAGCCCCGUGACCUACGGGCAGCCCUCACUCUCUGUCACUGAGCUGAGGCACCUGCGCUGGAAGGAGAGCUGGAACAUCCUCCUCAGAAAACAGUGA